GAUGUGCACUGAGCACCUUACAGUUCUUUGAAAACACUAAUGCCAUACAGCACCUCAGGACUGGGAGUAUUUCCUGCCAGAAACCCUGGAGGGUUGCGGCCAGUAGUCAGUGGUGGACCUUUUUGGAGGUCCUGUUUAUUCUGCUAAAUCAGCAUGACUAUGACAGAAACUAUGACAGAGUUAAAUGCACGAGUUAAUUAAUAACAGGGGUUAUCCUUUUUAUUAUUAAACAGUACUUCCUUCAUGUGUGUAUACACACAGAGAGAGAGAAGGAGAAAGGGGGGGGGGGAGAGAGAGGCACUUAAAUGAGACCAGCGUGAGCAAGUGAAAUGUUGAGGAUUAGUUAUCUGUGGUCUUACUUGCAAAGAUACAGUAAGGUGUAUGGCAUUUUCAAGACAGUGGCUCAAUUUGUGAUCUGUAAGCGGGUGGCGCUGUGGGUAAACCACAGAGCCUAGGACUUGCUGAUCAGAAGGUUGGCGGUUCAAAUCCCCAGGACGGGGUGAGCUCCCGUUGCUCGGUCCCUGCUCCUGCCAACCUAGCAGUUCAAAAGCACGUCAAAGUGCAAGUAGAUAAAUAGUUACUGCUCCGGCAGGAAGGUAAACGGCAUUUCCGUGCGCUGCUCUGGUUCGCCAGAAGCGGCUUAGUCAUGCUGGCCACAUGACCCGGAAGCUGUACACCGGCUCCCUCGGCCAAUAAAGCAAGAUGAGCGCCGCAACCCCAGAGUCGGUCUCGACUGGACCUAAUGGUCAGGGGUUCCUUUACCUUUACCUUUAACCACAAUACUCAGUAAUUUAGUAUUGAGUCCCAGCUGCUAGAACUUUGCUGAGGGGUCCCCUUUCACCCUUGAAGCUGAUUGCUAAAGCAAAGACAUGUACGAUUGCACUGUUGCUUCAUAAGAAGAAGAAACGAUAAUAUUUUGUUGUGGUUGUGUCCCGAUACAAUGGAGGGAAAUUGUUCUGGGGUUCAGCCUGCACACUUGUUCCCUGCUGCUGGCCCUCAGCUGUGUCCUAAUUGCAAAUGCAAUCCUGGCCUAUUUUUUUAAACUUUCCAAGAAAUGUGGGGGAGGGGGGCACAUUAAAAGGGGGAAAGAUUUAGGACCACAUUGGGAUGGAGAGGACCUUCACCUCCCAUCAUCCCUGCCCACUGACUGGCACAGGACCACUGGGUUACUACCACUGGUGCGGGCAAUGACCAGUUGCCUGCUAGUAUAAGGCACCUUCCUAUAUUCACACAACUGGAACUGUAGGCAGAAUGUUUUAUUAAAUGGAGGGCAGGCUUGAGGCCUAGUUCCUUCCCUUGAGGCAGUAGUGACUGAAUAGUUACCAUGGUAACCCUAGGGGACUCCUGAUAGCUGUGAAUCUCUCUGUGCUUUUGAAUGGGAAGGUUGUUCCCCUCUAGUGGAAACACUAGACUGCGGAGGGGAAGCAGUCAGAGCAUGUAGUUUUUGAGGACCUUGAGCAAACUGUGAGCUGUGAGCAGUACCUUAGACUGCAAGGUUUCAGUCUGGGGUGAACGAGUUGUAUAACAGAGUGCAAGAUGUUUGCUUCCCCUUGCAAUCUGCUAACAGGAUCAUUCUGUGCAGCUGUUUAAUAUUAGCUACCUGCCGCUGCCAAUUACGUUUUUUGCAUUGUUUUUCUGCCUUUUGCCGCCUACGUUAUCUGUCAGUCAGCUGCUUCUACAGCUUAAUUGGGAAACAGGGUGUGGUUUCUUACUGACAACUGACGUCUAUCCAGAGUUACCUGGGUAUAAAUUACCUUUUUCUUUUUCUUUUUUUAAAAGUAGGCAGGGAACAGGCUUUGAAACACCCAGAAACGGCUUCCAGAACCUGACAGGUUACAACCCAGAUUGAUUUUAUCCUGUAAAUAUUUCCCCGCUUGCUUUCAUGAGCAAGUAAAGUCAGAGGAUGCUGCCUCCACCAGCUUCUACCAUAGGGGAACAGACAACCUAAGCUUGGUCACCACCCAGAAUUCCUCCCAGUAAGUGGGAGUUUAGUUUGGACAGUGAUGGCGCUCACAUGCGGAAUCAUGCACCCUUGGCAAUGAGUAGGAAAGUGAGCCUCAUCGAGGGAAUGUAAUCUUCUUUCUGCAGGAUGGAAGCACUGGUGAAAGUAGUUCAAUCGGAUACCCAGCUAUUGACAGCCAGCCCAGAUAUCUGUGCCAAGGAAGGUUAUGGCUAUGCAGAGGACCAGGGGUCUCCUAUGCCAGGGGAAACAGCCAGUCCCAAAAGCUAUUUUCAACAGAGCCCAUCUUUACCAGCUUCUGGAUUAACCGAACUCAGCAGUGUGGAAUCCACUACCUGGAAUACAUCUCCAGCUAAGGUUCAGGAGCUGCCUGCCAGGAGAGGUAAGAUGAAACCUUUCUGUGCAUAAUUGAAUACUGUCGUGCAACAUGAUUUGCGGUCAUUUCAUCAGGCAAGAAAACAGAUUGAUUUCUGACCUGCUGCUUGUUACAUAUGUUAAUAUACAAGAGAAAUUCCCUGAGGAUAGUGACCUGAGUACAGUCAUACCUCAGGUUACAGACGCUUCAGGUUGCGUUUUUUUGGGUUAUGGACCCGCUGAAACCCGGAAGUACUGGAACGGGUUACUUCCAGGUUUCAGCGGUCGCGCAUGCGCAGAAGCGCCAAAUUGCAACCCGCGCGUGCGCAGACGCACCACUGCGGGUUGCGAACGCUGCAGGUUGCAAACGUGCAUCCCGCAUGGAUCAUGUUUGCAACCUGAGCAUCCACUGUAUAUAGGAAGUGCCCUUGGUAUAUAAGGGAAGGGCCGUAACUUAGGGGUAGGGCACCUGGUGUGCAUGCAAAAGGUCCCUGGCUCAAUCCCUGGCAAAUCCAGGGAGAGCUUAGAGAGAUUCUGUGCCAGAAAUCCUUGAGAGCCACUGCAAGUCUGUGCAAACAGUACUGAGCUAGGCAGGCCGAUGGUUUUAUGGAGUGUAAGGCAGCUUCCUAUAUAAGUGUGUUGCAAUCUCUAUUGGCCUGCACUGUGAAGGGGAUUUCCUGCAGUGUUUUUGGAAGAACACAGAAGUGAACUGUGCACAUCUGCAUUCUGCAUUAGACGGAUGGGGCGUGCAAAUUGACUGCGGCUUUGUUUUGCAUUCUGCCCCAUGUUAAUGGUGUCCACAUGUGUCACAAAUGACAGGAAAGAGGCUCAAAGUGGAUUUUGAUUGUGAAAGCACCAUUAUCCUAAUACGUUAUGUAAGCCCAGUGUUCAAAGCACUUCAGAUGCACUGUAUCAGUAUUAUUUCCAAACCUCUGGAAAGGUUUGGUCAGCCUUGGUAGCCCAUAUUUCUGGCAGAGGACAUGAGAGUGGGAAUGAGUAGCUUGCUUACGGACACCCAGGGUGUUUCCACAUUUUCAAACUUUUAUCUGUUUUAUACCACUUUAACCAUUGUGGAUUCCCUGAAAGAAUCCUGAGAACUGUAGUUUGAUGUGAGGGACUGAGAAUGCUCUGUUAGAUAUUCCUAGCUCUCUGCAGCUAAAAUUCCUAGCACUCUAAUAUGAGGAUAUAGAAGUUAAAUCAGUUUAAUUCUGUGGUGUGCAUAUGUCUUGUAGAGAGCUGGAUAGCAGAGGUGAGGUUUGAAAGAACUCCCAGCCCAGGCUCCUGACCAAUAUGCUACCCCUCUUCAUAAAACAUUUUCACUUCAGAUGUCACUGGAUGACUUUUGGUGUCACUUCCAAAUUUACUGAGUUGCUGAGCCUUUCAAGGCUAUAACAAGAAUUGAAUUCCAUACGGACAAGUGCAGCUAAUAACUGUGAAAUGAGGACCCAUUUCACAGAGACCGUUAGUAUUACAAUUGAGACAUCUGGAGAGGAAAGUUGCACCUCAACCUCAUGCAUCUUUACUGAGAGAAACCUCAGAACCCCCACCACAAGGUCCACAGAGCUUGGUCCCAGAUCCUAGGAUAUGAUUGAGGGAGAGAGAUUCCAUUUAGUUCACAUUUCAAGGCUGACUUACCUAAUUUGCACUUUCCUAAGCAAUACCUGCACUGAAGCACAGGCAUCCUUCACAACCUGCACUUCCCCAAAUUUUGCAGUGUGUCUCUCCAGCCAGGUAAUAUGUACAGAAAUGGAGAUUCUAGGGUACUGGGGGCAUAAAAAUGCAUCAGUUGGUGAGGAUAAAAUUCAGGAAUGUGUUCUAUUAGGAAACAUUGAUUUGCAAAAAUGUGUAUUUGGGGCAAGAUUAUGAUAUAAAAAAGUGUGUAUUAAGAGAAAUACACCUUAAAAUAGUGGUGAAUUUUCAUUAGAACUUUUUUUUUUAAUGCAAACUGAUGUGAAAAUGUGGAGAACUGAACUUAAGAUUGGGGGAAAAUGAGAAACCCACAUUGACAGAUUUGCCCAUCCCCAAACUGGGAUUGCAAUGUUCUCUUUUUUUGCAGGCAGGCUCUGGGCCCAAACAUUGUUCUCCAUGACCAGUUCCUAGAAGUGUUGAUGGUAGUGAUAGGAAGACUUGAUUAAUAAGAUGCUUAUCAUUAUUCAUGGGAGUCCUUUUGAGUGCCAAGCAUUUUGAAAUUGGCAGGAUUUCAAGGAAUUUCCUGUUGUCAGUGAAUAUGCAAAGGCUGGUGGAAUCCACUAUGGUAGCAAAAGUAUUUCAAUCACCCACUCAGGUGAGAGAAAUAAAAGCAUAUUGCAGGGCCAGUAUGCUGAAAUACACAGCUCCUAAACAAAACCUUCCUCCAAACAAGUGCACAAGAGUAGAAAUGAUUGCAUUACCUGCCAAAGGGCAUAGCUGGGCACCACUGAGGUCUUCUCUAUACUGAAAAAAUUGCUUUCAUUCCCCUUUUGCCAUCAUGGCUUCCGUCCAAAGCAUCCUAGGAAUUGUACUUUAGCAAGGAGGAAAAAAACUCUGCUAAAGAUUCCCAGCUUCACAGAACAUCAGAUGCCAUUGUUUAUGUUCUGGGUGGUUGUUGUUUUUUUAAAAAAAACAUUUUUAAUUAUUUAAAUUUUGAUAUAUAUAUUUUAAAAAUUAUUGGUUUAUCCAGUGGUGUUUAUAUUCUGCUUUGGGAACACCAGCUGAGAAGCAUGGAUCAGGCCCUCUGUAAAUGCAUGUCACCACCUUUUGAUUUAUUUAUUUUUCCAGGUUCAGCACUGACUGGGGGUGCCCCUCAGAAGCAGUAUGUGGGCGUGAGGGUAAAAAUGCCAGUGUGUGAACUGCUGAGAAAAAUCCGUCUCUCCAAAGGGACAGAGUCCAGUGACAUCAGGGUAAGAUACCCACCCCAUUUCCUGAGCAUGAGGAUAAUGAGGAUUGGGCUGUUCCCACUGUGAGAUGCCCCUUGCACCUUCCCUGGUUUUGCUAGGCUAUGGGGCCAACCCAAAUUAUUAUGAUUCCCAAGAUGGAGAUGCACACUUCCUUCCAUUAAUUAACUCCAUGUUCUUCCUGCCCCGUUUCCUUUCAUCAUUGUCAUUCAUUUAUUAAAAACAGUGGAUACCUUUAAAAUAAAACUAAAACAAUCCUGUGCAGGUGGAGACCAUUUUAGGUGUGUGCAGUUGAUGCAUGACCACCGAUGUGUGGGUCCUUUUGGGCCUGGAAGAGGCAGGGGUAGGAACGGAACUGGCUUAUGUGUGCUCUGCCAACGCAUGUGGGGGCCAGGAAUGGAACGCGCCCCCAUGCAAAUGGAUGCUGCCUGUACAAAACAGACACUCGUGGCAAAGACUCAUUUAUUUAGCCUGUUGGAACAAAGAAAACAUUUUCAGUUGUAUCUGGAAAGUGCCAUUCCAUAGAACAGGGGUAAAGGUAAAGGUAAAGGGACCCCUGACCAUGAGGUCCAGUCAUGACCGACUCUGGGGUUGUGGCACUCAUCUCGCUUUACUGGCUGAGGGAGCCGGCAUACAUCUUCUGGGUCAUGUGGCCAGCAUGACUAAGCCACUUCUGGCGAACCAGAGCAGCGCACGGAAACGCCGUUUACCUUCCCGCCGGAGCGGUACCUAUUUAUCUACUUGCACUUUGACAUGCUUUUGAACUGCUAGGUUGGCAGGAGCAGAUCUUUGCAACUUGCAGAUGUUUUCCCACAGGCUACAGCAAUCUUCUGGGGGUACAAGUGCUAAGGCAGCUUUCCCUUUAUAUGGCUUCCUCUGCUGUCACGUUAUAUACCGUAUUUUUCUCCCCAUAGGACGCACCGCCCCAUAGGACGCACCUAGUUUUUUUGGGGGGGGGGAAUAAAGAAAAAACAUUCGAGCUUCCCCCGACCCCAGCCCCGAGAACAGCCUGCUAUCCGCAAGCCUGGGGAGCCCGGCGGGAAGUCAUGCCGGUCUCCCCAGGCUUGCGGAGAGCUGCGCGAAGCCCAGGAGCGCUCUUCAGCGUGCUCCAGGCUUCAAAAUGCAGGCAGCUCUGCACAACCCUCGGGAGACUGGCGCGACUUUCCGCUGGGCUCCCUAGUGUUGCGCAGAACUGCGCGAAGCCCGGGACUGCAGGCAGCUCUGCGCAGCUCUCAGGAGCCCAGUGCGACUUCCCGCCGGGCUCCCUAGUGUUGUGCAGAGCUGCACGGAGCCCGGGAGUGCAGGCAGCUCUGCCCAGCCCUCGGGAGCCCGGCGCGAAGUCGCGCUGGUCUCCCGAGGGUUGUGCAGAGCUUCCUGAAGCCUGGAGAGCGAGAGGGGUCGGUGCGCACCGACCCCUCUCACUCUCCAGGCUUCAGCGAAAGCCUGCAUUCGCCCCAUAGGACGCACACACAUUUCCCCUUCAUUUUUGGAGGGGAAAAAGUGCGUCCUAUAAGGCAAAAAAUACGGUAUAAGCCCUUUGUCAAGCACAACAUUGUCAAGAGUGCUUAUUAAAGAGGAUUAGCAGCUGCAGACACAGCGCAAAGGGGAGAUCUCCUGCACAAGCAUCAUUGGAGGAAAGGCCUACAGUGCCUGCUAAUCUCAGUGGUGUCUGUACAAGAGAAUUUCCCCUUGGGUUCUGUCCCUUAGGUCAUUCCUGUCUGUCUCCCACUCUUCCAUACUUGCAAAUAAUCGACCACAUUCUCCACUAAAAGUGCCCCAAAUGCUAUACAGUAAUAAUUUUUCCUAAAAGGUGACUAAUUCCUACCCUUUCAUUCCUGUUCCUUCCUGGUGGUAUCACCUCUGAUAGGAUUCCAUGCCAGUAAUAUUUCCUUUACCCUCUUGCUCAUUUUGCUAAAUUAUUGCUUGUUGCUGUUUUUUGUAGUAUUAGCUUUCAGUUAAUUUACACACCACUUAAUGCCAAAACCCGUUUACCAAUUAUGACCCUGUCUGAAAACACCCUGGUUCACUUUUCUAGUACUGGUGGAAUAGUGGUCAGGGAAUCAAACUUUGUGUUCAGUAUUGACAUCUAUCCUUCCACUAAGAGUCACACACUAAAAGUGUGAGUUUAUGGGCUACUUCUCUGGAAGAGAAAAGUUGGCUACAACUGAAGCUCGAUUUGUAGAAGGGAUCACCUUGAGAUCACAGGGGUUCCCCUGCUUGUGUCACUGCCAUUUUUUCCAGCUUUUGCCCCAGUCAAUGAGACAUCCCAGGCAGUCUGUCUACAACUGUGCUGGCCGGGACUGAUGGGAGUUAUAGUCCAAAACCUCUGGAGGGCACUAGGUUGAGGCUGAUCCAUCUAAUCAAGGUUCAUAAUUUCCCAAAUACAUUUUUUUUCUUUCCAUAGGAAACACCUGCAAAAGCAAAUACCAAAAGGUCUUCAGGAAGAGCAGGUAAAAAAAAAGAAAAAAACUUGUGUGCGUAUGUAUGGGGCAACCCUACAUGCAGAAACCCUUGCUUUAAUUGUUUUGGUAAGUGAAUACCUAUGGAUAUUUAUAUAUUUCUUUCUUCCUGUACAGGGAAAAAAAGAGCUCGCUCAGAAAGGCAUGACAAGCAAGUAUGUGGGACACUUUCUCUCUUCCGUAGCCAGCAUUUCCCAAGCAAAUCAGACCGCAGACCUCACACAUUCAUUUCUUUCUCUUCUUUUUAAAGAACUGCUGUCAGGCUCAGACAGCCUUAAAAAGCACGGAGGACUUGGACAUCCUAGUCGAAGUACUUCAGGAAGACCUGAACAAGAGCCACUCCAAGCUAGAGCCUCAGUUGCCUAUGCAGUUCCCGCAUGGUGCAACCCAGGGAUUUCAGCCUCCCUGGUGGGAAACCAACGGCAACUCACAACCAGAUGGCAACUGGCUGAGAAGCAGCUGGGAGCCUGUCGGAUUUCAGCCGUUGUCUGCUUCAGGCGCAUUGCCUCAUCCACGUGCUGAGAUUUCCUAUGGAUUUGAGUGCAGAAGGACGCAACAACGUCUGGAUCUGGUCGACACAUUCCAGAAUUCCUGCGUGGAAGAAAGAUGCCGGCUGGGGAAUGGGUCUGUUGAACAUCCUGGGGAGAGUUCCCAAGGCUUUGCCAAGGAGAUUAGGCCUCACUGCCACGACCCACUGGGGCAGGCUUUGCCAGAGACUUUGGAAGAGGACACUGCUGCCUUGCAUGGCAGGGGAUGCCUGAAGGCAAGUGCGUGGUCUUCCAUGGACCAGGAGGCUCCCACCAUUUCUUUCUUCCAAUUCCAGCUCUGCCGCGAGGAGAGUCGGCUCAGGGGUAUCUCAGUGGACAAGCUGCUCAUGCCGGAUAGAAAUGGGAACAGGUUGGUCAGUGGUUUGGUUUUGCACCUGACAAUACUUUAUUUUUUUAAAAAAAAUCAAUUUUUUUAUUGGUUUUCACAGUAUUACAAACAAACAAACACAUAAGACAAACAGACAUAAAUCAUAGCCUUAUUGAAAAUUGCACUUAUUAACUUUGUAAGUGACUUCCCCACUUCCCUUUGGUUGAAUUUCAUUGCAUAUCCUUUUAACGGUUUCCCAAAUCAUAAUUCUUAUAAAAUUUAACUUAAACAUUAACAUCCUUAAAUCUUCACUUUAUGAAAUUAAACAUAUUAAUUCAUCACUUAACCUAAAUAAAAUCCUAAACCAAUUAAGUAUCUGCAAGCUGUUUUCAGUUAAUUUAACUUAACAUAUUUAACUAAAUAAUCUUUAAACUUAAUCCACUCUUCUUGAUACUCCUCCUCUUUCUGGUGACAAUACUUAAAAAAGUUAAAACAUCUUUUAACAAAACCCGUUGUAACUUGGGUGAUGGAAUGGUUAUAUGCCCCACAAUUCUUGCUACCUUUUCCCCAUGGCCUUUGUUUCAUUUCAUUGCAGUUCACAGAUGUUUCCUGAGAGCUGCUGUGAGUUUGUGUUUACUUUCUGACCAAUGUCCAUUGCAAUGUUCAGAGUAACAUGUGCAAAACAAAAGUGAGGAGGGGGCAGUUCCCUGCCCCAACAAACUUGAAGCCAAAUACCAAUAACUAGGGAGAAAGGGAAGGGAAGAAUUUGGUAAUGAAUUUUAGUAAAAGCCGUGGUUUAAAAACUCAAGUUUUUUUUUUAAAAAAAUGAUAUUUAUUAAAGUUUCAGAUAAAAAGAGACACAUCGAUAAAAAAGAAUUUAACAGUAAAAAGAAAAAUACACAAUACAAAAUAAUAAAAAAAAACAGUUAAAAACAAUUCCAUCUUUUCAUCACUACUUUUAAAUUUACUUAUUUUCUGGACCUCCUCAUACCUCCCUCUUUUGUAUUCCAAUUCAGUUUAUUUGUCCAGCAAUUCCUUUCCCUCUUUUUUAAUCCCAAUCCUUAAUCUUAAUAUAGUAAACAUUAAAUUUUUAUCUAUUAAUAGCCAAUUUUCCAUUCUUUUAACCUUUUUAUUCCUAAUCCUUAAUCUUAAUCUAUAUAUAACUUUAAAGCCUGUGCAGCUAGAAACCAUUUAAUUUCAAUCCAACAUCACUCUAACAUUCAUUAAUUUUGCAAUAUUUCUUUGAAUUUCUUCCAAUCUUCUUCCACCAACUCUUCUCCCUGGUCACGGAUUCUGCCAGUCAUUUCCGCCAUAAAAACUCAAGUUUUAAACCAUCCAAGGAAGGGAUCCUGUAUCUGGAGGACAAUGGCUUUCUUAUAGAUAUAUCAUAGGAAACUUCUAAGUCCAUAGGGCCAUCUAGCUCAGCAUUGUCUACACUGACUGGCAUUGACCAGAAUUUCAGACAGGGUUCUCUCCCACCCCUACUGAGAGAUACCAUCUGUACACAAAGCAGGUGCUCUGCCACUGGGUUAGAUCUCUUCCCUUAAAAAUAAAGGAAGAUUCUAGUCCUCAUGGGCUGGAAUAAAGGGCUAAUUUAAAAAGGAAGCUGCCUUCUAGAGGCAGGCCACUAGGUCCAUUUAGCUCAGGGGUCAGCAACCUUUUUCAGCCAUGGGCUGGUCCACCGUCCCUCAGACCAUGUGGUGGGCCGGACUAUUUUUUUGGGGGGGGGGGAUGAAUGGAUUCCUAUGCCCCACAAACAACCCAGAGAUGCAUUUUAAAUAAAAGGACACAUUCUACUGCUCAUGUAAAAACACGCUGAUUCCCGGACCGUCCGCCGGCUGGAUUGAGAAGGCGAUUGGGCCGCAUCCAGCCCCCGAGCCUUAGGUUGCCUGAUCUAGCUGAAUAUUGCAUAUACUGUCUGGCAGUGGCUGUCCAGGGUUUCCAAAAGAAAUCUCUCCCAGUUUUACCAGUAGGUACCUAGGACUGAAACUGGAACCUUCUGUAUGUAAAGCAGAUGCUAUAAUACUGAACUACAGCUAAAGCUGGGGUCUUGUUUCUGGUGUCUGCAUGCCCUGUAAUCACUAGGUAAUACUACUCCAGCUGGCUUUUUUUAGUCUUCAACCAGCAUGUCACUUAAAAGGAAUCUCCAGCAUUGCUAACACACCACCACACACUUUUUCUUAGGUUUUUACUCCUGCUCUCUGCCUUACAAGGACGUGACUUGUUUUCCACUUAGCACCAGAGGCAGACCUGAAGAACAACUGCCCCUUAUAUUUUUUAAGGGUGAAAGGAGAUCUUCCACUAUGUUUCUUUGCCCCAGCAGCCCCUGGGGCAAUCGGAACUCCCUGCUACACCCAGCACGAUCUAACAAUUCAGUCUGAAUAAUAUCUCCUGCACUCUCGACUGCUAAAAACCACAGUCCUUGAGGACUUUCCAUCACAUCCAGCUUUUUCUUACUUUUACCCCCAUUUUAAAAAUAAAAUAGCACAGCUUUUACCAAGCUGGUGCCUUCCAGAUGUUUUGGACUACAAGUCCCAUCAGCACCAGCCUGGGAGUUGUAGUCCAAAACAUAAUCAGCCUUCACCAACUUCGUGAAGGCUGAUCUAUCUUGAAAAAGGGUUUGGGAAACCUGGAAGCUAUAUUACUGCUAGAUAGUUGGUCCAAGCAGGUUUAUGGGUGCUAUUAUCCCCAUAUUAUAGAUGUGUUGGGGACUAAGCCCUCUGCUUAUCCUCUCAGCCACAGCACUAAUUUUACUAUUCCUCUUAUUGCUAACUUACCAAUACAGUGGUACCUCGGGUUAAGAACUUAAUUCGUUCUGGAGGUCAGUUCUUAACCUGAAACUGUUCUUAACCCGAGGUACCACUUUAGCUAAUGGGGCCUCCCGCUACCGCCGCACAACUUCUGUUCUCAUCCUGAAGCAAAGUUCUUAACCUGAAGCACUAUUUCUGGGUUAGCGGAGUCUGUAAUCUGAAGCGUAUGUAACCUGAAGCGUAUGUAACCUGAGGUACCACCGUAUGUCAUUAUCAUUGUUCUUGGAGUGGCAGAAGCUGAUGGUGCUUCUCUGUCAUCGAUUUUCUUUCCUUCCUUAUUUUCAAACAUGAUGGCCAUAAAUCUGUAUGGGGAGGUUAUCCAGCAGCGUCAGGUCACUGAUAAGGGAACAGGGAGGAGACUUCCAGAGAACUCAGAGGGCCUAUUCUCUGGAACUGGGACAAAACAAAGCAACGUUUUAUGAGCCAUUUCAGUAGAAAUGUGUAUGUUUCUAUUUCAAAUAUUUGCUUCUAAAUCUUAGAUCUAAAAUAAAGGGAAAUCCCUUUCAUCUUUCAGAGCUGAGUCAAAGCGAGGCGGUGCCCCUUAUUUUGAAACUGUAUAACUUUGAACCAGCAUACCGCUGCGAUGUAUAGAAUCUAUGAUUCUAUGUAUCAUGGAAUCAUAGAAUUGUAGAGUUGGAAGGGACCCUGAGGGUCAUCUAGUCCAACCCCCUGCAAUGCAGGAAUCUCAACUAAAGCAGCCAUGACAAAUGACCAAACCAGCCUCUGCCUUAAAAACCUCCAAGGAAGAAAGUAUUGGGGCUUGGAUAGAUAUCUGGGGAUGGAGUGGGGUCCCCCCCCCAUUUUGGUUUCAUGUUUUGCUAGUCCUAAAUCCAGUUCCCCACAAGAUUAAUCUCCAUGCGGAGGAAGGAGUUUUCUCAUCUGCAAUCCUUGAGAGAUGUUGCCAGUCAGUGUAGACAGUAUUGAACUAGAUUGACCAAUGGCCUGACUCAGCAUAAAGCCACUUCCUAUGUUACCUUUUGUUAAAUUUGCAAAUAGUAGGGGUGGGGAUCGUAUCUGAGGAAGGGCCAUAGUUCAGUGGAAGAGCAUCUGCUUUGCAUGCAGAAGGUUCUAGGUUCAAUCCCCGGCAUCUCAGUGGGAGGCAACUUCCUAUGAGCCUGUGAAAAUAUCCUUUUGACAUUUGCCCAGCAGCAGAAGCUCUCAUUUGAUUUCAAGCUGCCUCUCCUCCCUUGCUGUUUCUCUCUGUUUUGCAAAACCACAUACUCCCCAACAUUUCUCUGAUGAAAAUAGGGCAUCUUAUUCAACAACAACAACAACUUUAUUAUUUAUGCCCCGCUUAUAUGACAGCGUUGCCUCAGCCACUUUCGGCAGCUUCCAACAUACAGUGGUACGUCAGGUUAAGUACUUAAUUCGUUCCGAGGUCCGUUCUUAACCUGAAACUGUUCUUAACCUGAAGCACCACUUUAGCUAAUGGGGCCUCCUGCUGCUGCCGCACUGCCGGAGCACGAUUUCUGUUCUCAUCCUGAAGCAAAGUUCUUAACCCGAGGUACUAUUUCUGGGUUAGCGGAGUUUGUAACCUGAAGCGUAUGUAACCUGAAGCGUAUGUAACUUGAGGUACCACUGUAUAUAAAAACAUAAUAAAACAUUAAACAUUAAAAAAAAUUCCUAGACAGCUUCCUUCGGAUGUCUUCCAAAGGUUGCAUAGUUACUUGUCUCCUUGGCUCUGGGGUUGCAUAACUCCAUAUCCUCCAACAUUUCUUCAAUGAAAAUAGGGACGUCCUAAGGAAAAGAGGGACAUUCCUGGAUCAAAUCAGAAACCAGGGCAGCUUCUGUAUAUCCAGGACUGUCCUUGGAAAAUAGGGACACUAGGAGGGCCUGGAACCACCUGUGGCAUUACUGAAACCAAACCAAAACUCCUCUCUUUUUCUCUCCCCUUCUGCCCAGGCUUCUUCACAAUGCUGUUUCUCAGGGGAAAAGGGCGCUGGCAUAUGCACUGGCAAGGAGGUUUGCACAUCUCAACAGACUUGAUGGGAAGAACGCAGCGAAACAGGUAUGAGCUGCUUUUUAGCAGAAGGCUGUUUGCAGGGCAGCUGUCGGUAAUUUUAUAGAAAUGGACCACAUGAAAUAGAGGGUUUAGUGAAUAUAGGGGGUUUAGUGAAAAGUUGCAAGCUGCAUUUUUUAAAAAUGCAGAAACCAUUUGUCCACUAAUCCCCAAAAGGUCAACAGAAAAAGAGUGUUUUCACUGGUCUGUGAAUGAUAAGUAUCUUAAGGUGCAAGGGGAGGGAGCCCAUAAGGGGAAAUGGAAUGGCGGGUCUUACUUUUUUCUAGGCCACACUCCCUAACGCUAAUUCACGUUAAUUGAAAGCCAGCUUUUGAUACUGCUCUUGCACUUGUUCCUCUACUAGUGGUAGAAACUCAUACAGCCUCGAGGAGAGAAGAGGAAUCUGUGGCUGUCAAGAUAUGCUAGGACUUCAACUCCAGUCAGCCCCAGUCAGCUUGGCCAGCGAUCAGGAAAUGGGAAUUGUAGUCUAGCAGCAUCCUAGAAGAGCAGGGGGGCACAGGUCCUCUUCCCUUUGCAUGGAUGUAAAGAUUAUUGCUUGCUAAAUUGCAGCAGUUGUGAUAUUAACAACACAGUGACAAGGUGCUACUCUCAUUUGUGAAUUGCUCAAAAUUUCUAUCCCUCCUUCCCCAUCUUUUUUUUAAUCCUUCGAAGACUGCAUUGCACAUAGCAGCUCAAAAGAACCAUCAUCUUAUUGCCAGCGAUCUGCUGUCUCUGGGUGCUGAUGUAAACGCGAGGGACAGCUCAGAGAAGACUCCCUUGCACCUCUGUGCUGAGAAGGGUUAUCUGAGAGUCUUGGAAGUAAGUAGAGUUUGAAAGUGGGGCCUGGCUGGGUUAUAUGUCUAUUAAUUUGAGGUAGGGAUGGGGGAGAAAUUCAAUCCAGGUCACCUUUAAACCCAAACCUACCUAAUCUGUACAGUAGUACCUCGGGUUACAGACGCUUCAGGUUACAGAAUCCGCUAACCCAGAAGUAGUACCUUGGGUUAUGAACUUUGCUUCAGGAUGAGAACAGAAAUCGUGCUCCGGCGGCACGGUGGCACCAGGAGGCCCCAUUAGCUAAAGUGGUGCUUCAGGUUAAGAACAGUUUCAGGUUAAGAACGGACCUCCGGAAUGAAUUAAGUACUUAACCUGAGGUACCACUGUACUUCCUGAAACAAUGUGCAGACUGAAGUACAGCCAUGCUUCAAAAUUACUACCACUCUGAAUUUUGCAAUGAAGUUCUCCAGCCAAGGACUGUGUACAAAAAUGUGUGUGUGUGUGUGUGUGUGUGUGUGUGUGUGUAAGUAAAGUGUGCAUAUACAUGCAUAUAUUAAUAAAAAUAUUGUGGGAAAUGUAUGGUAUCUAGGGAAACUGCUUGCAGAAAUAUGUAUGUAUAUAUGUCAAAACUGCAUACAAAAAUGUGUUUAUUAUAAGAGUUUUGCACUAAAUACUGGUGAAUUUGUACCAUUUUUUAUUAUUAUAAAAAAUCGCAACGUUCUGCAGAAAUGCGACCUAAAUUUAAGAUUAGAAAAAUGAGAAACGGAGAGAAACCAACACUUGAGAGAUUUGUCCAUGCCUAUCUUUUUGCAGCUGUUUGGUCCACUCUUACUGCGGCCUGAAGUCAGGAUAUUUAAAGUAGCCACGUCUCUUUUUCCAUGGCAGGUCUUGAAAAGCUGUCAGGAAGUUGGCAUCCACGUUGAAGUAGACGCAACCGACAAUGAGGGUAUGUGGAGAAGUUUGGUGAGGAUAGGGAACUCUCUUCCUGCUUCUUAGGAUACAAUCUGUCAAUCAAGGCAUGCACCUAAUACAGCAGUUCUCAACCUGUGGGUCCCCAGAUGUUGUUGGACCACAACUCCCAUCAUCCCUGAGCUCUGGCCUUGCUAGCUAGGGGUGAUGGGAGUUGUAGUUCAACAACAUCUGGGGACCCACAGGUUGAGAAAGGCUGACCUAAUACAUAGAAACCAGCCACAUAUCUUGCUUUUCCUUAAUUAACUGCAGACAUGGGGGAGCCCAAUGUUUACAGGGAAGGCAAUGUGUGUGAUGGGGGGGGAACGUAUCUAUUCCCUCCCCCCCCAAUGAUAUUCCCUCCCUCAGUCUCCCAGUAGCACACAGGGAAAGAGAUGGGAUCUCUGUUCCAACCACAGUGAGAAAGUGAUGAUACGAGCCUCCACUCUCUGUUGUUUUCCUCACUGUGAAUUGGACAGGCACAUGCCUAUAAUUAUUGAAUAGAGAGCAAAACGCAUGCUACAUGCUAAGCACACGUCUGGUUUGGCCUGCAGUGUCUAAUGCUCCUUCUGCUCCUCUCUAAACAGGCUUAACGCCAAUACAGUGCGCGGGUUUGGCUCACUGCGCUCUCGCGAUGGACUCGGACAGCCGCCAUCUCUCGGCUGAGACAUGGAAGCUUCUGAACCUCCGUAAGGAUCAGAUACUGAGUGGUAUCAAGUGCUUGAUACAAAUGGGAGCCAACCCAUGGGAGCAAGUAAGUGCUUUGGUCUCAAACGGAAAUGUAGCUUGAUUUUAUGAAGGGUUUUGGAGUGGGUGUAGGGUCUUUUUCUUUCCAGGUCUUUCCCCUUCUGCUCACUUGUAUCCUUUCUCCUAUCAGAAAAGAGAGUUUUGCCAACUGUCAGAGGCUUUCCACACUUUUUUUUUUUAAAAAAAGGAUUUGUGGUACAGCCGUACCUUGGUUUUCGAACAGCUUAGUUCUCGAACCUUUCUGCUCCCGAACGCCGCAAACCCAGAAGUGACUGUUCCGGUUUGUGAACUAUUUUUGGAAGCUGAACGUCCGACAGGGCUUCCACAGCUUCUGAUUGGCUGCAGGAGCUUCCUGCAGCCAAUCAGAAGCUGCACUUUGGUUUCUGAACAUUUUGGAAGUCGAACGGACUUUCAGAACAGAUUCCAUUCGACUUCCAAGGUAUGACUGUACUACAAAAGAGAGUGCCAACUGGCAUAAAAUUGGUGUCGGUAAAUCAUGUGCAUAGAUACAAAUUUGGAAAUAGUGGAUGGUAGCUAACUAACUUCUACUCAGAGCAAACCCAUUAAAAUUAGUGGACCUAAGUUGUUUUUAUUACUGUUCCUUUCAUUUCUAUAUUGCUUUAUAUUUUUAAGCAAAAAAUCUGAAAGCAGUUUACUACACAUUAAAGCAUCAAAUGAAACACUCUGGAAUAAAAUAUUGCUGAAGGUAGUCAAAUAUAAAAUAUACAUUCAAAGCAGCAUAAUUAACAGGAAACUUAAAAUAGUAGCUUAAAGAUUUCAAAAUAAAAUGUUGCAAAGUAAAUCAAGUACAGAACGAACAUUUAACACAGCAAAGCUGACAAAGCAAAUUAUAUUAAACCUUUCAAAAGAAAGCAUUACUAGAGGAAGUCAGGUGUAAAAUGUGCAUUUAAAGCAGCUAUUCUCCUAAAGCAGGACACACUGCCACUCUGCUAGGAACCCAUGUAUUAAAUUGCUCUUGGUUCCAGAGAUACGUAGUCUUCUUGAUACAUGUAUGUUCUUUCGUUGACAUGUUUUGCUGGGAUCUCCUCUGAGCAUAAUGUCUACGCAAAAGCUGUAUCCAGACCAGGGGACUAUGACUACCCUCUUAUUCUUUUCCUAGGGAACAAACUCAUCAAGUCGAGUUUCAAAUUAUUUUGCAAAAGUCCAGCAAAAUAGUGAACUGAUGUGUUUUUUCCAAACUCACAGGUCCCAAAGGCAGCAGGUAAUUCUAUUGGGUUGGUGAAAAGGGUGGCAGGGAGACUGCAAGAGGAUUGGUUGCUUUGCCAGUUUUUGUGUGUGUGGUCCUUAAGUAUUAUGGAUGACAGACAGAAAGGAAAGAGAACGAAGCAUUCAGUCAUAAAACCAGCCAGAUGGGCGGGGCAUAAAUAAUCAGUUGUUGUUGUUGUUACUUGGGAGUAGGAAUGUGGGAGAAAUUCAGUUCCAGUUUGCAUCAUUUAAAGGAGAACCUAAUUCUCUAUUACAGUGGACCCUCGGGUUGCAAACGUGAUCUGUGCGGGAGGCACGUUCGCAACGCGCAGCACCACGUCUGCGCACGCGUGGGUUGCGAUUCAGCGCUUCUGUGCAUGUGCAAAGUGCGAUUUAGUCCUUCUGCGCAUGCGCAACUGUUGAAACCCGGAAGAAACCCGUUCCGGUACUUCCGGCUUUUGGCGCGUCCGUAACCCAAAAAAACACAACCUGAAGCGUCUGUAACCCGAGGUAUAACUGUAUUAUUAUUAUUAUUAUUACUACUACUACAAUGGUACCUUGGGUUACAGACGCUUCAGGUUACAUAUGCUUCAGGUUACAGACUCCGCUAACCCAGAAAUAGUACCUCGGGUUAAGAACUUUGCUUCAGGAUGAGAACAGAAAUCGUGCUCUGGCAGCGUGGCGGCAGCAGCAGCGGGAGGCCCCAUUAGCUAAAGUGGUACCUCAGGUUAAGAACAGUUUCAGGUUAAGCACAGACCUCCGGAACGAAUUAAGUUCUUAACCCGAGGUACCACUGUAUCUAAGUUCCCAUGCUUGGUUGCAACAGUUUAAAAAACAACUUUAAACAGAGCUUAAAAACUUACAGUUAGGGGAAAAAAUGCAAAAAAUUGUAUCCUUUAAUUAAAUGAAACUUACACACAUUGCCUCAUUGUUAUAUUUUUUUAAGCCCAGAUCACACUAAUGAAGUUGCAAAAUAACUCUAGGGAUUGAGGGCAGGAGAGAAGGUGAAUACAUGGCAUUACAAAGCACCAGGCAAUCUGUACAGUACUUGGCAUAGCCAGCUACUGUUGCAGACUUGCAGAACCCAGCCUUGGCAGUAGGCUGUAGGGGACACUGAAGUCCCACCUUUGCCCCCUGAGAGUCUUCUUCAGCAGCCCCUGGGGCUUUGGGGGUUGAUUAGUCAGUACCCGCUCCCCUGCCUCGUAUAUCAUUGCAACCUUCAAAAGUAGAAAUGCCCUUCCUUUUUGUUUUGUUUUUAAAUUAAAGCUAAUAUCCUUAGGAAAUGCAGAUUCUUCCGUCAAUACAGCUUUGCUGAGCUUCUGUGGAAGCCAGGCUUAUGCAUAGCUCUUGUCCGUGUUAGGAAAUGAGACUGAUUGAAUACUUUCGCUUUGCCCAGGAUUACAGCUUGCUCUCUGGACUAGAUGAAAUCGCCCUUCCGUAUUUGCAAGCAGAAGAUCUGGAGCCACCAAUGGUUUCUUUUCCAAGUUUCCUCGACCGUUCCCAUGAAAGUGCAAUGUAAACAGGACACUUAAGCACACCAGGAAGCAGAUGUGUUUCAGGCUUUGUAUACUUGAUGAUCUGAAGCCCGCGGAUGCCUCGAUGGACUUCAAGAAACCUGGAGUGCCAUUUCUGCCAGGCUGUUGGCAGAAGAACAGCUUGAGAAUAGACAGUAAAAGUCUUUGAACCUGUGAAGGCUUGGGCUUUGCUGGAUUCAUGUCCUCAGAACAAUUGUAAUGGAAGAACACUGAAGAUUAUAGAUGGGAAAGGCUGGCUCUAUUUCCCCAAGCCAUAUGUGUCAAGAUAGAGAAGCUCUGAGGUCUUCUCCCCUGCCUUAAAUGACCUUGCUCUCAAAAUAUCAAGUGCAGGAGAAGAUGCUCCUUAAUGGAUGGUGGUCCAUGGAGCAGGUGGUCCAUGGAGCAGGCACAGAUUAUUGCCAUGCAAAAAUUCAAACUGGUCCCCUACAGAGGGAGGGCUUCUGUAUCUCAUUGGCAGAGCACCUGCGUUUUAUCUCUGGCGUUACCCUGGGGAAAACAAAGCCACCCUUGAUCUGAGGAUGUAUUUUCAGCAAAGCCACAAUGCUUUGUUUAUCGAUGCAAUCAAAGUUUAUGGAGGUUGUUUUGAGUGUGUAUAAGAAAUGCACAGAUGAAUCUGGAACCGGACAAAUGGAGCUGGGCAUUUCACCAGGGCUGAGUGAAAACUGCUCCCCCAUAAUUCUGCACACUGAAUUUUUGGUGAAAGCUCUCGAUACAGUAUUAUGUAAACAAACAAACAAACAUGCAUACAAACCUCUUGUACCAUCUCCAAGAUGAAGACAUUUAAUACGGCACAAGCUUUUUUAGACUGCAGUUCAAUUCAACAGGUGCAAUUUCCUUUGCAUCAUGAAUCUUUCUUUCCUUUCUUCCUUCCUUCCUCUUUAAUCAGUGAAAUCUAAAAUCUACCUAGCAUCUGCCACAAUCCAGUCCAAAGUUCAUUGUGCUAAAAUCGUUUGAGGUUGGGGCUGAAUUGCAUCCAUUGCUCUGACAUCCUAUAUUUAUGGAUCUUUUUGACUGGACCCAGCACAGGGAUGGGAAACCUCCAGCCUAUGGGCCAAUAUUGGUCUGCCUGUCAAUCAGCUGGUAUCACUUUUUCCUACUCUCUGUGUGUGUGUGUGUGUGAGAGAGAGAGA